AAAAUCAAAAUUAAAAAAAAAAGGAGCUUGGGGCCUUGGGCCACUGGGCACUGUAUAGGAAGUAGGGACUCAAUUGAAAGGGUUUUAGGAAAAUAAAAAAUCCCAGUUCAGUUCUUAAAACCCUUUUUGAGCAAGCGCGAGGGUUUUAGCCUGCGAGUGGGCGAGAGUUAAACGACUCGGAUCCUUCCCGAGGUUUAGACAAUGGCUUUUGUUAACAAGGUUGGGAGUAUACUUAAGCACACAGUGAGCAAACAUGUCAAUUUGGAUUUAUCUGCUUCCAAGCCAUCUAUUUACCAAGCAAUAAGAUCCAUGUCAUCCUCAAGGCUCUUCGUUGGAGGCCUAUCGUAUGGCACAGAUGAAACAAGCCUAAGAGAAACAUUCUCACCUUAUGGGGAUGUAAUUGAAGCUAGGGUUAUUAUGGAUCGUGAGACUGGUAGGUCCAGAGGCUUUGGCUUUAUUAGUUAUACAUCUACUGAGGCAGCUUCCAGUGCCAUCCAGGCUUUGGAUGGGAAGGAAUUUCAUGGACGUUGGAUAAAGGUUAAUUAUGCUACAGAAAGACGUCCUCCGGCGAUACAAGGAGUUGGCUCUUGGGGCAGCAGCAAUAGUGCUAACUAUGGUGGUGGUAAUUAUGGUGUUAGUGCCAACUAUAGGGGUGGAGCUGGUGACAGCUAUGGAAGUGCAGCAGGUAAUUACAGUGGUGGUAAUUAUGGUGACAACUAUGGAAGUUCACAAGACAGUUGCACCGGUGGUGAUAAUAACCAUGGAAGUGGUAGUGUUGGUGAUCCUAGAGUUAGUUUUGAAGGCAUUGGUGGUUAUGGCAGUGACAGUACUGCUAACUAUGGUGGUGUUGAUCAUGGUGUUAGUGUCAACCAUGGUGGUGGUGCUGAUGACAGCUAUGGAAGUGCAGUAGACAGUUACAGUGAUGGAGGUGGCACUAACUAUGGAAGUGGUAAUGGUAGUAUUGGAGGCUGUGGUGAUAACUACGGAGCUGGUGGUGGUAGUAUCAAUAAUGGACAUAGUGUUACUUCCAACCAUGAAAAUGGUGGUGGUGAAAGCUAUGGUAAUGUUAUGGACAAUUAUGGUAGUGAUGGUAACCAUGGUAGUAGUGGCUAUCACAAGGGUGGAAACAAUUUUGAUGCUAUGAAUGUUGAUGGCGGCUAUGGUAGCAGUCACAGUGGAAAUUAUAGUUCUCAUAGUGGCACUCAUGGCAAACAUAACUAUUUCAAUGGUGGCACUGGCUUUGCUAGUGGGUAUGGUGGAUCUGCAGAAACAUCAUAUGGUGGUAACUAUGGUGGUGCUGGUGGUGGCGGCAGUAACAGCAAUGGCAAUUACAGUACUGGAAUAAAUUUUAAUGCUAAUAAUAAUGGUGGCUAUGGUAGCUGUGGUGGUGUUGGAAAUUAUAGUGUCACUGGUAAUAGUGGUAGCAACAGUAGCCAUUUUAGCCGUGGUGGUGGUGGUGGUCAUGGCAGUGGUUCUUCUACUGGUGGAUAUGAUGGUACCACAGAAACACCAUGUGGUGGUGGACAUUCAUAUGGUAAUCAGAGCAGUGGGACUGCUGUUGGCAGCAGACUCUAUGACCAGGAUGUGCAGGAAAGCAAUUACCGAGUUGGGGAUGAUGAGCCGGACCACCGCGUUGCCAACUCUAGGAACUGGUAGAUUUUUUCCCUUGUGGAUGAAGAUUUUGCAGCAAUCAAGCAAGAGUCAUGUAGGACCGCUUAUUAUAGAUUAUGCUGUCUUAGACAGUUAAUUAUUUAACCUUUUAUCAUUCUUAGACUGAUUGUUUGGAUAUUGUGGACUGCAGAUAUUGUGUUGUGUUGUGCUUUUUGCCUCCAUUUUGGGCGGCUUUCAAGUUUAUGAGCCUCAAAUAUUAGUUAUUCGGAGAGGCAAAGUCUAAUCAGUUUUGUUAGGAAUAAAUAUGCUGCCCAAGGCUAGUUUUGUGA